AUGUCUGAGACAAAUUAUACUCAAAACAGUUACCUUAACAAGGAACGCUGUGAAAUGUCGACCGAUUCUUUUUUCCUGCAAAUAUUUCAAUUGAUUUUCUUUUCCAUUAUUUUGAUCUGUAGCUUUGUUGGAAAUGUUCUUAUCAUAAUUGUGGUGCGUGUGCGACAAGAGCUGAGAAGGACGAUGAACUUUUUUAUAGUGAACAUGGCAGUUUCUGAUAUGAUAUUUCCGUUAGCAUCUCUUCCGUUUAGUGUGGCUGCAAUUUCGGCCAAUUCGCGGGGAUGGCCCAUCAGUGGUACGCCCGGUUUGGCUUUGUGCAAGCUCAGUGUAUUUUUGACGGCUGUUUCAAUUACCGUGUCUGUGCAAAGCCUUUUCUGGAUUUCGCUGGAUCGAUUUGUGGCGGUGGUGUUGCCAUUGAAAGCGCUUCUUAUAUCCUCACGAUUUCGCGCUUUUGCAAUUGCGUCUACCUGGGUUGUGGCUGUGUUAAUCAACUCAACAGAUUUGUACACGAUGACGUUGAUACAGGAAAGUGGCGGGUUUCAUUGCACAAGAGAAAAAAAUCUUUCUUUGGUACUUAAAACAACUAUGUAUUUUCGUGUUGUCCUUAUAUCGAUCGCACCAUUACUACUAAUCACCGCGUUGUACUCUGCCAUAGCAGUGACGUUAAGAAGAAGAAACGCAACCCUUUCAUGCUCAUCGACAAAAGACAACGAUCAAAGAAAAAGGCAAGCAUUAAAGAUGAGCUUGUGCAUUAUAGUUGCGUUUAAUCUUUGCGCUCUUCUUUUCAUCAUAAUGGCGGUGGCUGGUCUUCAAGAUGAAUUUCCCGUGUCUUGUCUCGGUUAUAAGGUGUUAUGGUUUCUUGCUCUUUCUGGUCUUUACUUUACUUCAGUCGUGAAUCCAUCCAUGUGCUUUACAUUUAUUGAAAGCUUUCGACGUGGACUAAGAGAAACAUUUUCUUCGAGACGGGCCGGUAUGAAGAAGAUCCAGAAAUCUAAGAAUCGUAUAAAGUAGGGAUGAAGAUGAGGAAAUUUAACUCAUAAGGACGCAUUCCAAAAAUGUCGUUCGACAUGCAAGUAUGGUUGCAGGCUGUUCUUUUGGUUUGAGAGAUGCCAAACUUCAUGCAAUCUCUACUUCUGUUAUACACUCAGACAUCUCUCUGGUAUUUCGAACACUUGUUUUUUAAGCCAUGAUUUUACCGGAACAACUUUUUAAUGCCGCAUUUAAGAGUGCCAAUCCCAAAAAGCUAUGUAACGGCGACAGGAUUUGAUUUCAUGGGCCGCCAGAUUUAAGUUAGAUUUAAACCGUUACGCCAUUUGGUAAUUUGCGAGUUUGAGCAGUGAUCAUCCCUAGUCCUUAUUAAGGUUAGAUGGUAAGGUUGUAACAUAAAACUUGACCGGGCGUAAAUUUCAUACGUUUCAACAUUUUAUUCUAAAAGGGGGAUAAAAAAGGUAAUAUUUAAUCGUCCUUUAUUAUUUGUCUGAAUCAUAGGGCACAAGUAAAUAUAGUGUAUAUGCUAAAGAAGAGCACUUGUUAAGAUGCAAAAAGAUUCAGUGUGCCAAAUUCUAGCCGCAUCCCGCAUCGUUAUCGGUGUUAUGAUAGUUUACUACUUGCGUUACCUGCCAAGGAGCUGAUUAUAAUAAUAUAUUAUAAAAAAAUGACAAUUAUGGGAUUUUAGCCGAGGGCCCACCUCACCAGAGGGUGCUCUUGAGUAGGGCCCUAAUUAACAUUUUAAUUACUAUUUUUACUUUUCGAUAUCCUAUUGUGCAUUAUUCUUUGUCUUUUGUUUUCUUCAUAAAGCAAAAAUUAUAAAAAAGUGAGACAAAAAGAAAAAAAAACACAAACAAACAACAACAAAAACAAAACAAAAGAAAAACUGAGACUCCGUCCAUCAUGACGACCAUGGCAAGUAUUUAAAGAUGAUUUUCCGUAGCUUCCUGCAAUAGGAUUUUGAAAUAAAUGAUGAAAUGAAUAAAUUAUUAAGUUAAUAUAUGAAAAGGUAAAUAUUUCGAUGAAAAAUACACUAAUGUUUUAUAAAAUCUUUCUUGCCUUGUUCGGCACGCUUAGGGUAAGAAUUUGCUUGCAAAGUGGUUAUUAUUAAUACAUUAUAGAUUCAUACCCUACAAAAGCUUUUGUCUAAUUGUUUGCUUUAAAACUGUAACACCUGCUGUGGUUAGGACUCAAUAAACAGCCAGUCUUACAUUGUAUAAUUAUUAUAAAUUUAUAAUGGGUCCCAGUACCCCUUUUUUCGAACAAAGACAGUAAUUUUAAACUCAAAAAAAAAAUUAUCCAGGGACGCAGUGAUGAUGUCUGUUUUUAUGCCAAAAAUACGAUCUUCCUCCUUUUUGAAAUUCCCCCUUCUCGACAUAAGAAAGGGUCAAGAGAAUUUGUUCCAUACGACAGGGUUUCGUUAUAUCGAGAUACUCAGUUUACCAAUGUACUAUUUGGCAAAGAAAUUGUUCAAGUGCUCAUUUAUUCAGGGAUGGAGGGAUGUAUUUCUGUAUAUUAGGGAGAUUUAGAGUGACGCUUAAGGCAAACUGCAAACGUCAGAGUUGAGAAUUUCUCAAAAUAAAAAGCUUGCUGCUAUAAAAAAAAAAACAGACCAAGACAAUUGUUAAAGACAUAACUAAAGUGAAGNUUUGUCUAAUUGUUUGCUUUAAAACUGUAACACCUGCUGUGGUUAGGACUCAAUAAACAGCCAGUCUUACAUUGUAUAAUUAUUAUAAAUUUAUAAUGGGUCCCAGUACCCCUUUUUUCGAACAAAGACAGUAAUUUUAAACUCAAAAAAAAAAUUAUCCAGGGACGCAGUGAUGAUGUCUGUUUUUAUGCCAAAAAUACGAUCUUCCUCCUUUUUGAAAUUCCCCCUUCUCGACAUAAGAAAGGGUCAAGAGAAUUUGUUCCAUACGACAGGGUUUCGUUAUAUCGAGAUACUCAGUUUACCAAUGUACUAUUUGGCAAAGAAAUUGUUCAAGUGCUCAUUUAUUCAGGGAUGGAGGGAUGUAUUUCUGUAUAUUAGGGAGAUUUAGAGUGACGCUUAAGGCAAACUGCAAACGUCAGAGUUGAGAAUUUCUCAAAAUAAAAAGCUUGCUGCUAUAAAAAAAAAAACAGACCAAGACAAUUGUUAAAGACAUAACUAAUGUGAAGCUACUUAUUUUGGGGCAGAAGAAGUGAUGAACAGUAAAGCAAAAGUGAAGAGAAAACUUGGUCACGAUAUAGAAUCAUGUUUGCCGUUUGCUGUAAACGCGACGCUAAAUCUCUCUAAUAUUUGAUAGCGAAGCGAAGGGUUAGCAAAAUGUGUCUUCGUUUUAAUAUAGGCAACUAAAAGCAUGCAAGUACAUCCGGACCAUUUAAAAUUAAUAAAGACUCAUCUAUGAUGUGGGGCGUGUGUUGUAGACGUCUUAUGCACAUAUAUUUGGCAAUAAUGAAGUUUCGACAGAUAUGAGAGUCAGAGCGAUUCAUAGCGAUAUUUCUAAAAGCUUUGACGGCGAUAAAAAGUACGUAGUUGUUCAGUAAUAAUUUAGUUACAUACUCAUGACAAAAUCUUACAUUCAUUCAAUACGUUUCCUUUAUUACCCUGUGAUGCGAAAGCAUUAAUUUAGAAACUCACGCUCGGUAAACAAAAUACAAGAGUUACCUAAACCGGCUCUUUUACGGGCCAAAUUUGAAAAUUCGAAAUCUGAAACGCAUUUUUUUCAGGUUUUGGAUAGGAGUCAUUAGCUUAGUAUAAGGUUAAAACGGCCGGGUUUCAUUUCCAUCAGGGUCAAUAUUGAAAUAAAGUGAGCUUUUUAAUUUUAAUAGCCUGUGAACAUCUGUUUUAUAGACUUAAAAAAAAAAAACCUUAAAAUAAAAAGAAUUUAGCGUGUCAAUAAUCUUCAGUAAACUACGAAGAAAGGCAGCCCAAAACCCUUGAUUACUGGUUGUCAAAACAUUUUCAUUGGAAGAAACAAUUUCAGUUUAGUGCCUUUUUACCCAUUGCAAGCAAAACGUCGCCAUUUGUUUAGUUGCAACGAAUGACGUGUUGUUUUUAAAACUAUGAUUGGGUAUAAGAUUUAAUGAUGUGGUCUUGAAAUUAAAAUUUGCAUGUCUAUGCAAUCGUAUAAUGGAGGAACGAAGCUACUCAAAAAAGUCAAUUCUUGUUAUGCAAAACUGGUUCCGACUCCUAAGAGAACUGUUGUUUUCAAACAAAGGGUCAAAAAACGCGAGUGACUAUCCUCAGAAUUUUCAUCAUGUCUGCAAAUUAUACUAACAAUUCCUUAAACCAGGAAGUUUGUAAAUUUUUGGCGGAACCUAUUUUUGUGAUAAUUUGCAAAUUAAUUUUCUUGUCUAUAAUUUUGAUCUGUAGCUUGGUUGGAAAUGUUAUUAUUAUAACUGUGGUUAGUUUGAGAAAAGAGCUAAGGAAGACGAUUAACUUUUUUAUAGUUAACAUGGCGGUUUCCGAUCUCAUUUUCCCGUUGGUGUCUAUUCCAUUUAGUUUGGCUGGAAUCGCGACAAAUUCUCUACAAUGGCCCAUCAGAGGUUUACCUGGUUUGAUCUCUUGCAAGCUUAGUGAGUUUUUGAAGCCUGCCUCAUUAACCGUCUCUGUGCAAAGUCUUCUUUGGAUUGCACUGGAUCGAUUUGUGGCGGUCGUGUUGCCACUGAAAGCGAAUCUUAUUUCCUCAAGAUUUCGUGCAUUUGCAAUCGCGUCCACUUGGGUUGUGGCAGUGUUAAUCAACUCAACAGAUUUGUACAGCACUAAGUUAGUUGAAGAUGGUGGAAAUUUUUACUGCAUAAGAGAGAAUUCGAUGCUACACAAAACUUUUGGAUAUGGGCGUGUUGUCCUUUUAACAAUAACUCCAUUGCUGUUAGUUACCAUUUUGUACUUUGCAAUAGCAGUGACCUUGCGAAGGCAAAACAAAACUCUUCAAUGUACAUCAGUAAAAGAGCAUAGUCAAAGGAAAACCAAAGCUAUACGGAUGAGCCUUUGCAUCAUAGUUACGUUUAACCUGUGCGCUCUUGUCUACACCAUUCUGACAAUAGCUAGUCUUCAAAGUGAAGCUCCAGAUUUAUCCUGUUUCGUUAAUAAUGUUUUAUGGUUUUUGGCUCUUCUUGGCAUGUACUUAUCUUCAGUCGUAAAUCCAUUCAUUUGUUUCACAUUUGUUAAAAGCUAUCGGCGUGGAGUGAGAGAAAUAUUUACUGGGAGAAAUUACGGUGGGGGUCGAGAAGAUCUAGAAAAUAAUAAACAUGGCAGUUAA